CACGUGUACAAGUAUGUUCCAUAUACGUGAUCUACACAGGGAGAUCUACCUCCUCUCCGAUGUUACAAGACCACCGUAACCUUGUUAUUCCUAUUGAGUAUUGAGGUCUCUCUGGCUUGCUCUUUAAUGGAGUACGUCGAGCAAAAACAGCUGCUGCCACGGCUGUCAGAGAAGGGUCAGAGAUGAAGCGUCUUUUAGCUGCCACAAUUCAGCUUACUUAGAUGCCAAGCUGGGUUAACCUCCCCACAUGGAUUCCUGUAGCAGCGGGGAAGCUGUGGACCAGAGGAGACAUUUCGAGCUCGCUCACUGUGACUCGCGUCGUGAAGCGAGUCAUCUUACUGUGACGACUGUCACGCUACGUCGAUAAAAGAUUCUAACAACGAUGGGUGAAAGCAAAGCGCUGGCGCUCCCUUCUUCUUUUUACUGUCGCUGCUGAGUCGCUGAGUUCGGCUUUACCUUUUGGGAAUCGUUGGGUAACGGUGCAAAUGCGAGAGCAGGGUGAUGGGAAGGAAGGGGAGCAGCUCUUGGCUGACCGCGGUCAAACGGGCGUUUAGAUCUCCGUCCAAGGACGCCGAGAAGAAGACAGCGAGGCGGCGAGAAGAGCCGGACCAAGAGGAAGAAGAGAAGCACAAGAGGGAGAAGAGGAGAUGGAUAUUCCGCAAGUCGUCGGCGCAGGACCAGCAGCAGCAAGUGCCGCAAGCGAAGGCGUCUCCGCUGCCAGCGGUCACGCCGGAGCAGAGGCACGCCAUUGCUCUGGCCGUGGCCUCGGCGGCGACGGCGGAGGCGGCGGUGGCGACUGCGCAGGCGGCCGCGGAGGUGGUUCGCCUCACCAGGCCUUCUGCUAGCUUCGUCAAGGAGCAUUACGCCGCCAUCGUCAUCCAAACUGCCUUUCGAGGUUACUUGGCGAGGAGGGCGCUGCGGGCUUUGAAGGGGCUCGUGAAGCUGCAGGCGUUGGUGAGGGGGCACAACGUCCGGAAGCAAGCCAACAUGACGCUGCGAUGCAUGCAAGCGCUAGUGAGAGUGCAGGCGAGGGUGAGAGACCAACGCGUGCGGCUGGCGCAGGAGUCGUCGGCAGCGGUUUCCCGAGGAAGCAACAAGUCCUCCUUCAACUGCGACACCUCCUUCUGGGAGUCCAAGUACUUCCAGGAGCUCGCGGAGAGGAGAUCCAUGUCGAGGGACGGGAGUAGCUUCGCAGAUGACUGGGACGACCGCCCGAGGACAAUGGAGGAGAUCCAAGCGAUGCUGCAGGUUCGAAAGGAGGCUGCUCUCAAACGAGAAAGAGCGCUCUCCUACGCCUUCUCUCAUCAACUCUGGAGAUCGGACCGGAACCCCUCUCCCUUGCUCGACGAAGAAGUGGACGGCGAGGUGGCGUCGGUGGAAGACAAGAGGCCGCACCGGUGGAUGGAUCGCUGGAUCGCGUCGAGGCCCUCUUUCGACAACAGAGUCAGCAGCAGGGCGAGAGCCUCCACCGACUAUCGGGAUCCCAUCAAGACCUUGGAGAUCGACACAGCUCGACCCUUCUCUUACUCCGCCCCCGCCAAUCCUCGCCGCCAGACGCCGCCGCUGCCGCCUCAGCCUGUCGGACAGCACCCCACCUCCCCCAUCCACCGCACCCACCUCCACAACUACCAAGCCUAUUCGCCCGCCACUCCCUCGCCCUCCAAGACGCGGCCUCUGCAAGUCCGCUCCGCCAGCCCCCGCUGUGGCCGGGAGGACCGGAGUCUUUCCACCGUCCAGACGCCGAACUACCACCACCACGCGGCGGCGUCGUCGUCAUCGUCGCGGCAGCACCACCCCGCGCCGCUGGGGGCUGCAGUACCGAACUACAUGGCGGCAACGGAGUCUGCGAAGGCGCGGGUGCGGUCGCAGAGCGCGCCGAGGCAGCGUCCGGGGACGCCGGACCGGGAUCGGGGCGGCUCCGCCAAGAAGCGCCUCUCGUUCCCGGCGCCUGACCAGCAGGGGUGCUCGCAGAACCUGAGGAGCCCGAGCUUCAAGAGCGCGGCGGGGUGGUUCCCCGGGGAGCAGCGCUCGAACGUGUCCUCUUGCUGCAACGACAGCCUCGGCGGCGAGGUAUCCCCCUCCUCGACGACGGACCUCCGGCCGUGGCUCCGGUGAGCAGGUGGCGCGGCUGUGGGCCUCACGCUCUGCUUGUGUUGUACCCUUCUCUUUUGUUUGCGCUGUUGUUUUGGUCCUCUCGUGUCCCGGGGGACGAGAAAGCUAUCAUUUCAUGUGGUGGCAGACAAAAGCAUGUGUUGGAAGUCUGCAAAGCUAAAAAGGGACGGCAUGGCCGUGAGUUGGGUUGGUAGGAAGGGACGCAGUGCGUGCAUGCUACACUGCGUGGUUUUGGGUUUUGUUCUGGUGAUGGGAAAUCAUGGGAGCUGCAGUCACAUCCUGGGCUUUUAGAAAACGAACGAGGAAGAAGUAAAGAAGAAGUCUCAUGGUUAGGGCUGUAAUCGCGUCAGUGAUCCUUUCAGAAACAGUUUUGAGUCGUA